GUGCACAUGUUCUUACUUCUUUUAAGCUCCAAACCACUUCCAAUUCAACUCCAUCUCUUCUCUCUCUACCACCAUGAAUCGCUACCUCAAAAGCUCUCUGACUAUCUUCAUCAAUGGGGCGAACAGAUUCCGACCCAUUUGCAGCCAAAUCUCUCGUCACCUCUCCCAAUCUUCAGCCAAUCUCGAACCGGAGCUUUGGGAAUCGGUGCCGGGUCUGGUCCGGUGCCCGGCCAACUGCGUCCCUCUCUCUCCUAUCAGCUUCUUGGAGCGAUCCGCAAAGGUUUAUAGAGAGAGGACUUCGAUUGUGUACGGUUCGGUCAAGUACACCUGGGAGGAGACCCAUGAACGGUGUGUUAGACUUGCUUCUGCUCUGACCCAGUUGGGGAUUUCACGUGGGGAUGUGGUUGCUACAUUGGCCCCUAACGUUCCGGCAAUGCACGAGCUGCAUUUUGCAGUCCCAAUGGCUGGAGCAGUUAUUUGCACUCUUAAUACACGCCAUGAUUCAGCGAUGCUGUCAAUCCUAUUGAGACAUUCAAAAGCUAAGGUCAUUUUUGUAGAUUACAAGUUGCUUGAAAUUGCUCGUGGAGCACUUGAUCUUCUUGCAAGUCUUGAAACAAAGCCACCUAUUUUGGUCUUAAUUCCUGAAUCCAUAGACUCAUCUCCGACAAGCAUUACUUCUGACACUUGCGAAUAUGAGAGACUCUUGGCAGCUGGACUUGCUGAAUUUUCCAUAAGACGGCCGAAAAGUGAAUGGGAUCCAAUCAGUGUGAAUUAUACUUCUGGCACGACGUCGCGUCCCAAAGGCGUUGUUUAUAGCCACAGAGGUGCCUAUCUCAAUGCCAUUGCGACUUUUCUUCUUCAUGGGAUGGUCUCAAUGCCUGUUUACCUGUGGACGGUGCCUAUGUUUCACUGCAAUGGGUGGUGCCUUACUUGGGGAGUGGCAGCCCUCGGUGGCACUAACGUAUGCAUUAGAGACGUCUCUCCUAAAGCCAUUUUUGACAACAUUGCCCUCCACGAGGUAACAAACAUGAGCGGAGCGCCAACCAUCUUGAGCAUGAUUGCGAAUUCUCCUUCCAGUGACCGAAGACCGCUUCCUCACAAAGUAGAAGUAAUGACUGGUGGGGCCCCGCCACCUCCACAAAUCUUUCUCAAGAUGGAGGAAAUGGGUUUUGGGGUGUCUCAGUUGUAUGGGCUUACUGAAACUUAUGGGCCGGGAACAUCUUGUGUAUGGAAGCCCGAGUGGGAUUCUUUGCCUUUGGAUGAACAAUUAAGGCUCAAAGCACGACAAGGGGUUCAACAUCUCGGUCUAGAGGAACUAGAUGUAAAAGAUCCUCUCACAAUGAAUAGUGUACCAAAUGAUGGAAAGACGGUUGGUGAGAUAAUGUUCAGAGGAAAUACGGUAAUGAGUGGAUACUUAAAUGAUUUGGAAGCAACGAAGGAAGCUUUUAGAGAUGGGUGGUUUAGAAGUGGUGAUCUCGCUGUAAAACACCCGGAUGAGUAUAUCGAAGUCAAGGACCGCUCGAAGGAUAUUAUAAUCUCUGGGGGUGAGAAUAUUAGCAGCAUAGAGGUGGAAACAGUGGUAUAUAGCCACCCGGCGGUGCUUGAAGUUGCAGUAGUCGCAAGACCAGAUGAUCACUGGGGGCAGACACCUUGUGCAUUUGUGAAGUUGAAAGAGGGGUUUCAUGUGAAUUCAGAGGAAAUAAUAAAGUUCUGUCGGGAUCGUCUGCCACAUUAUAUGGCACCCCGGUCGGUCAUUUUUGAAGAUAUUCCAAGAACUUCGACAGGAAAGGUGCAGAAGUUUAUUCUGAGGGAUAAGGCAAAAGCCUUGGGCAGUCUUUCUUGAGCAAUCAAUCCUUUGGCAUUCUUAUGCAGAAGGUAAACAAGCUGAAAGCUAGUGUGAGUAUUUUGGUAUAUUUCCUGUUGCUUCCUUACUGAAGCACUGUUAUCACUGUAUUUUGCUCGAGGUUUACGUUCGGAAAAAAUGAUCGAUAAAUAAAUGAUACAGAAAGAGAAAGUCAGAGAGGCAUAA